AUGAAGGGUUUCUAUUCUGACUCCGAGCGUUCGCGUCGCAGCGGCCAAUCUCUGGCUCAUCCUGAUUUGGCAGAAGUUCUGAAACAACCUGGAAACGAAUAUUGCGCUGAUUGUGGAGCGAAGGGGCCUCGAUGGUCGUCCGUCAAUCUGGGUGUUCUUAUCUGCAUUGAUUGUAGUGGAGUCCAUCGCGGGAUGGGAGUUCAUAUUUCUAAAGUAAAAUCGUUAACUUUGGAUAAAUGGACUCCAGAGUGUGUCAGAACUGUUCGUUUAAUUGGGAAUGAUUUGGGAAAAGCGUAUUACGAAUAUCGUGUCCCAAUUCAAUACAAACGACCGACGCAAAGUGACGCAAAGAGCUUCCGUGUUCCUUUCAGUGUGAUUGACACUUGGAUCAAAAAUAAAUAUGAUCGUAAAUUGUUCGUUCCCCCCAAUUCCCCUUCACCGUCUGAGUUGCUUGCUCAAGGGCAGGAUCCCAAUAAUGCAGUCCCAGGAAGAUCAGAAUCAAUUAUGGCUGCAUCACCAUCCAGAUCUGAAAAUCUUUUGCCAAUUCCGGAAGAUUCGAAACAAAGGAAGAAGAAAAAAUCGUCAUCCCGACUGAACGCCACGUCGAAGUCCUCUCCUGCAUUGCACUCCUCUGCUGACACUCCUUCGCCUUCCGGUACCAAAGUGAUCUCAGCGUCUGAAACUGCAGAUCUUCUCGAUGGUUUUCUCCCCGCUUCUACAGUAGAUUUCAACGCCUUAUUGUCUGAUCCAGUCGCGCAGCAGCCACCUGCCGAUCCUUCAUCUGCAACAGCCCUCGACUUGACAUCUCUCGAUUUCAAUGAUCCGUCCCCUCCCACACAGCAAAGUAACGCGCAGUCGCAAACAGUUUUCGGCUUCAGUCUCGGACCGCCUUCCCCUCAGCAGCUUCAAAAAUCAAAAUUAGAAGCGGCUCGAGUUUCUCUGGAACAACUUUUCGAUCCCGCAGACCCACUAGGUUGGCAUUAA